AUGACACUUCCAGUGACUGAUCAAGAGAUAAAAGAUGCAGUGUUUAGUAUUGGUGACCUCAAAUCCUUGGGUCCUGAUGGCUUCUCUAUUUGUUUAUGGGAUAUUAUUGGGAAUGAGUUCUCUUUGGCUAUUAAAGAGUUCUUUGAAUCUGGAAGAAUUAAGCCAUGCCUUGAGGAUAUUGUAAGCCAUGCACAAUCAGCUUUUGUUAAGCAGAGAAGUAUGAUUGAGAAUAUCUACUUAGUACAGGAAAUAGUAAGGAAAUAUGCAAGAAAUAGAGUUUCACCUAGAUGCUUGUUACAGAUUGAUCUCAAGAAAGCAUAUGAUUCUAUGUCAUGGAAAUUCAUAAAGGAGACGCUGGAGCAGCUAAAAUUUCCAAGGACUAUGGUGAAGUGGGUAAUGCAAUGUGUGUCCACCCCUACUUUCUCCUUAUUUGUCAAUGGAGGUUAUCAUGGUUUCGUUGAGGGGAGGAAAGGCUUAAGACAAGAAGACCCUAUUUCCCCUCUACUGAUAGGAAUGAAGUACCUUUCUAGACUUCUUAUUGGUCUGGAAAAUAAUGCUAACUACAGAUUCCACCCCAGAUGUGAAAUGCUAAAGCUAUCACACCUUGCUUUCGCCAAUGAUCUAAUUUUUUUCUCUAGGGGUGACUCAAACUCAGUUAAGCAGCUACUGGAUUGCCUUGGAAAAUUUUCGAACUGCUCAGGUUUAAUAGCUAAUAACCUGAAGUCAAACUUUUUGUAUGCUGGAAUCAAAGUAGUAGAGUUGGAACAUAUUAGAUGUCUAACAGAAUUUCAGGAGGGGAACUUUCCUUUCAAGCAUUUGGGAAUUCCAUUGGCUGCUUCUAGGCUUAAUAAAAUGCAUUAUGCCCCUCUAAUCAACAAGAUUUUCGACUCCUCAGUGGUUGGCCGAAUCACACAAUCUCAUAUGCAGGAAAAUUGGAACUUAUAA